AUGAGGCAGUCGUGUAUCUCCAUCGUCUUCGCCGCGGCGCUCAUACUCAAGGGCUACGUCCUGUCGGGGGCGUUACCCAUGGGCAAGACCGAAGACGGCUCCAUGGAGCAGGAGACCUUCGCCUCGCUGCUGAGCGACAAGGCGACGGAGAACGGCUUCGGCGACGCAGACCUGGCGACCGAGGAGAAGCUGAGCGGGCCCAGGGUCAUCGUGGUGGCCGACCCCAGCGUGUGGAGGGACCUGCGAGUUCUGCACAACGGCCUGUCGCUGUACAAGAGGAGAGCGGACCACAGCGACCAGGUGGCGACCCAGCACAAGGACGCCGGCCAGGGCGUGAACAUCCCCAUCCUGAGGAGGGACAACAUGAGGUGCAUGGUGGGACGGGUGUACCGGCCGUGCUGGGAAGUCUAG